UUUGAAAACAAGCAUCCUCCAGCACUUCCUCUACUGCACUGAGCGGAAUAAAUGCAAGUCACUUCCUGAAACUUACUGAGUGUUGAAACCGCUUGCAUCUAAAUAGUGCACAGCUUCCACUUCAGACCAGCAGUUAAAGGGUAAACCAGCAGGGUCUGCAAGAGGCUGCACUGACAAGUCUACACCUAAUAAGGGUCUCCACAGUCCCAAGAGGUUUUAACAUCGGACACAACCCUACAGCAAGUCCACACAACAGUGAAUCAACAUGAAGAGAAGGGACACACCCCUCUGCAAGCAGCAGUCUACGCCAUGCUUUGGGAAGGAUAUGCCACGGCUUUUCCCCAGAAUGUCAAUGAGCGAGGCAGAUGAGAGGGUACGCCUGAUUGCAGAGAAGGUGUAUGCCUCCGCCCUGAAGGAGGAAAACACCAAGGAUGCUAUAGCACUGUUCACUGUGCCGGAAGAUUGUCCCAUUGGCCUGCACGAGGACAGGGAGAGGGCUCUGCAAAAGGAGCUGGCUGAGCAACAGUCUCAGGAGUCAGUUCAAAGGAAGAAGCAUUUCUUGUUGAAGCGUUCACAGUCACUAUCUUCACCUGAAAGUGUUGACUGGGCCCCUGGGGCAUCUCCAAGGCAGAGCACAAUAGUGUAUGAUUCUGUGCUCCCAGAAGACUCCCCAGACUUCCAGAGAGUUACAAUCAGUGGGGAUUACUGUGCAGGGGUCACAGUUGAGGAUUAUGAACUAGCAUCCAAGAGUCUCCUUAAGGCAUUGAUCAUCCGAGAGAAGUACUCCAAGCUGGCCUACCAUCGCUUCCCCAGAACUACUGCACGCUUUCUCCGCAACGCUGAAAAUGAGAAGUGGCAGGAGGAGCAUGAGGUCUUACCAGACAUCUGGCCCUUCCCUCAUGAAGAAGAGGACUUGUAUUCUAUGGAGGGUAUUCCUGAGAACCUAAACUAUGAGCUGCAGAUGAAAGAUGGCAUAGUUAAUGUUUAUGAAAAUGCAGAAGCCCUGAAACAACAGCAGCCACUCAGCCUGCCUUACCCUGACCUGGAAACCUUUGCUAUAGACCUGAGCCAUGUGCUAGCAAUGAUAGCUGAUGGUCCAACGAAAACCUAUUGUCACAGACGAUUGAACUUCCUGGCCUCCAAAUUUCACCUUCAUGAAAUGCUGAAUGAGAUGGCAGAGAUGAAAGAGCUGAAAAGCGUCCCACACAGAGACUUCUACAACGUUAGAAAGGUUGACACGCACAUACACGCUGCUGCUUGCAUGAACCAGAAGCAUCUGCUAAAAUUCAUACAAACCACAUACCAUACGGAGGCAGACCGUGUGGUCUUGGAGAAAGGCAACCAGAAGAUCACACUCGAGCAAGUCUUCAAAAACCUCAACAUGGACCCUUACGACCUCACUGUAGAUUCACUGGACGUGCACGCUGGAAGACAAACGUUUCAUCGGUUUGACAAGUUCAACUCCAAGUAUAACCCAGUGGGAGCCAGCGAACUGCGAGAGAUUUACUUGAAAACAGACAACUACAUCAAAGGAGAGUACUUUGCACGUCUCAUCAAGGAAGUUGCUAAAGAGCUGGAGGAGAGCCGGUAUCAGCACGCUGAGCCCCGUCUGUCAAUUUAUGGCCGUUCUACAGGGGAGUGGGAGAGUCUUGCAUCAUGGUUCAUCCAGCAAAAAGUCCACUCAUCCAACAUGAGAUGGAUGAUCCAAGUUCCUCGGAUCUAUGACAUCUUCAGGUCAAAGAAAUUAGUACCAAACUUUGCCAAGAUGCUGGAGAACAUUUUCCUCCCCCUCUUUGAGGCCACAGUCAACCCUCAAAAGCACAAAACAAUCCACGUGUUCCUAAAAUAUGUGACAGGAUUUGACAGCGUGGAUGACGAAUCCAAACACAGUGACCACAUGUUCUCUUACAAGAGCCCCAAGCCUGAGGCAUGGACCACUGAUGAAAACCCUCCUUACACGUAUUACCUAUUCUACAUGUACGCCAACAUCAUGGUGCUCAACAAUCUGCGCAAGGAACGAGGACUAAACACCUUCCUGUUUCGUCCCCACUGUGGCGAGGCGGGCUCCAUCACCCACCUGGUCUCUGCCUUCCUGACAGCUGACAAUAUCUCCCACGGACUCAACCUCAAGAAGAGUCCAGUGUUGCAGUACCUGUACUACCUGGCCCAGGUCCCGAUUGCCAUGUCCCCACUGAGCAACAACAGCCUGUUCUUGCAGUACUCAAAGAACCCACUGCGAGAGUUUCUGCACAAGGGCCUGUGUGUGUCGCUGUCCACCGAUGACCCCAUGCAGUUCCACUACACAAAGGAAGCCUUGAUGGAAGAGUAUGCCAUAGCAGCACAGCUGUGGAAACUGAGCACCUGUGAUUUGUGUGAGAUUGCCAGGAACAGCGUUCUGCAGAGCGGGCUCUCACAUCAGGAGAAGAAGCAUUUCCUUGGUUCCAACUACCUACAAGAUGGACCAGAGGGCAACGACAUUCGGCGGACAAACGUAGCACAAAUCCGCAUGGCGUACCGAUACGAGACUCUGUGCAAUGAACUCAGCUUUCUGGUGGAUGCGGUGAAGACGGAGGUUGGUCUGAAUCCAGCGGAGUGACAGACCUCACCAGCACAAGCUAGACUGGGAUGUGUCCUCAGAGAUGAUGGGGGAGGACACACACACUUUAAAGGACAUACUUUCCCCCCUUUUUCUAAGACAUACCCUACUAAAUGUUCAGACCUGAAAACUUGAGGUGCAUGUGUUAUGUUUAUAGGUGAUAACACAGACUUGAUUUUUAGACCAGUGCUUCCACAUUUUUAAAUUAGAGUAGAGGUUUACUUUCUUCUGUAAGGUGCUGGGGGAAUUGGGUUUAUCAGUAGGCUUCUGCCACACGAUCUUAUAUAGAAUUUAUACAUUUACAGGCAAAAUAUGAGAUUAUUGUUCGCUGUAUAAAAAAAAAAGAUAAAGAAUUGCUGGGUGUUCUGUGCUCUCACUGUCACAAAGGACAGUACUUUAUUUGUGUUAAAAGCCUGAAAAUGGGGUGUAGAAAAAUAUAUCGUGCAACUCUGUGGUCAGAUUAGCCUUUUGUUAAUGAUUGAUACUGAUUUUGACAAAACUGAAUAUAAUGUCAGCAAACUAUUUACAGACAUGCAAGUUUGAUAGUAGCCAUUGUGAGAACUUUGUGGUGUCAAAAGUAUCAAAACUCUUAUAUUGUUUUAAUAAACUGGGAAACUACGAAGUGAUUAGAUUAUGUUUUUUAUGUAAUUUCCUAUAGUUUUUCAGACCUAAAAUAAAGACUUCAGUUGGGAACGUA